AUGCCUCCUAAACAGCAGCCGAAGAAAUGGAAAGCGCCAAAGGGACCAAAGCCUAUUCAGCGGAAGAAUAAGAAUACAAUCGGCCUCGGGAGAGCUAUCAAGUCUGCCCGUCAAAAGGAAAAUGCUGUUGAGUUCCUGCCAGAUGGUGAGAUGAGAUAUACUACUGAGAAACAUGAGGCAGAUUGGGUUAAACUGAGAUCUGUUACUCAAGAAUCGGCUUUGGAUGAAUUUCUAAGUACUGCGGAGCUUGCUGAUAAGGAUUUCUCUGCAGAUCGUCAUUCAAACGUCAAAAUCAUCCGUAUGGAUAGUGGUAAUGACUCUGCAACGACUCAGGGCUUGUCAAUAUCGAAUGAAAAGCGUGAGCUUUUGAACGCUAAACAGAGGGAACACGCUCGUGAACUGAUUGUUCCUAGGAGGCCGGCUUGGGAUCCGGACAUGACGAAAUAUCAACUGGAAAGACGAGAGAACGACGCAUUUUUGGAAUGGAGAAGAAAAUUGGCUCAUCUGCAAGAAUCCGACGAGGAGCUACUGCUGACGCCGUUCGAAAGAAACAUUGAGGUAUGGAAACAGCUAUGGAGAGUGGUUGAGCGUUCUGAUUUGGUCGUACAGAUCGUCGACGCAAGAGACCCUCUGUUAUUCAGAUCGAUGGAUCUGGAAAAAUACGUUAAAGAACUGGAUGAUAGAAAGCAGAACCUGUUACUGGUCAACAAAGCAGAUCUUUUGACUCGGAAACAGAGAAUAACAUGGGCGAAGUAUUUCCUAUCAAGAGGCAUUGACUUCACAUUUUAUUCAGCGCUGAAAGCGAACCAGCUCUUGGCGCUCCAGGAAGAACACGGUGAGGACUAUCAGCACGAAGAGAUCCAAGAAGAGGACACCAGUGACGGAGAAGUAGAUGCGGAAAUAGACGCAGAAGUUUUGGAGAGCAUUAAAAUCUUGACAAUUGCACAACUGGAGGACUUAUUCUUAUCAAAAGCUCCAAAGGAGCCGCUAAUGCCACCAUUACCAGGCCAAUCACCGAUGAUCCAGAUUGGUUUAGUCGGUUAUCCAAAUGUAGGUAAAUCUUCCACGAUCAAUUCUUUGGUUGGAGCGAAGAAGGUGUCUGUCUCAUCGACGCCAGGUAAGACUAAGCAUUUCCAAACUAUCAAACUCUCUGACCGCGUACUGCUAUGCGACUGUCCUGGUUUGGUUUUUCCUAAUUUCGCUUACAGUAAAGGUGAGUUAGUUUGCAAUGGUGUGCUCCCCAUCGACCAACUGCGUGACUACAUCGGGCCAUGUACAUUAGUAGCUGAAAGGAUACCCAAGUAUUACCUGGAAGCAGUCUAUGGUAUACACAUCAAAACGCGAAUGGCAGGCGAGGGCGAAGAACAGGCUCCACCCACCGCGCAGGAGCUGCUGGUUGCAUACGCUAGAGCUCGUGGUUACAUGACGCAAGGUUUUGGUUCAGCCGAUGAGUCGCGAGCAAGUCGUUACGUGUUGAAGGAUUACGUCAAUGGUAAGCUUUUAUACAUCAAUCCUCCUCCUCACCUCGAAGAUGACAGGCCAUUUACCAAAGAAGAAUGCCAGGAGUUCAACAAAGAACUUUACGUUUUCGAACGCCUACCGGAAAGUAGACAGGAACAACUGCGUGAAGCUCUCAAGACAAAAUCUUCAGAUGAUUUCGACCUGGCAAGGGACCUGGCUCAGUUAACCUUCUCCGCACAUAUAGGGGCUAAAGAUGGCGCAGAAGCUACGAGCGUGACACACGGUGGUAAGCAAGCAGCUCUCUACAACGCUGCCGAUGACGUGGACAGAGAAUUUUUCCAGAUGAACGGUGUGCAAGGAAAACUCACUUCGCCGUUUCACAAGAACCAGGUGGCCGAUGGCAAGAGCAAGAAGCACAACAAGGGCAAUAAGAAAAUGAAGAGGAAGGCGGAGAGAAACGCUGGAUUGCAGGCUUACGAGUAG